GAAGAACUAUUGUUAUUUAACAGGUACGUUGGAUCUGAUAUAUGCGGCUUUAAUGGCGAAACAAACGAGGAACUCUGUCUGCGAUGGCAACAGAUGGGCGCCUUCCAUUCCUUCAUGAGGAAUCACAACACAGAGGGAGCAUCACCACAAGAUCCAGCUCGAUGGCCAAGUGUGGCAGCAGCAACGCAAAAGGCCAACCUUUUUCGAUACAAAUAUUUGCCGUACGAAAGCACGAGUCGGCCUCAAAAAUGGAUUGAUAGUCGACCGUAUACAUAUUCAUCGAGAGAAACUGACCUCUCUGAUAGCGGUAACCCGUUG